AUGGAUGAUUACAUUGUAGGAGACCCAGGUUGUCCCCUAUCGCCCCGUCUUUCUGGUGUCUGCAGAUCCGCGGAGGGAGGAGUGCUUCCUGCAAACGGCUCUCUGGUGACUGAAUUCAUUCUGAUGGGCCUGACAGACCGGACUGACCUCCAGAUGCCCCUCUUCUUCCUGUUUCUAGGCAUGUACACGGUCACUGCCUUGGGCAACCUGGGGCUCAUCAUUCUUGUUACACUCAAUCCACACCUCCACACACCCAUGUACUUUUUCCUUUUUAACCUGGCCUUUGUAGACAUCUGUUACUCUUCUGUGAUCACCCCCAAAAUGCUGAUGAACUUUGUACUAAGCAGAAAUGUCAUCUCCUAUGAAGGCUGCAUGACGCAGCUGUACCUCUUUUGUUUCUUUGUCAUUUCUGAAUGUUAUGUGCUGACAUCCAUGGCGUAUGAUCGCUAUGUGGCCAUCUGCAAUCCCCUUCGGUACAGCACCGCCAUGUCUCCGAAAGUCUGCUCCUCCCUUAUGCUUGCUUCCUACCUGAUGGCGUUUUGUGAUGCCACCAUCCACACUGGGUGUGUGCUGAGACUGACCUUCUGCGAUGCAAACGCCAUCGACCACUUCUUCUGUGAUGUCAUUCCUUUGCUGCAGCUCUCGUGCACCAGCACACAUGUCAAUGAGGUAGAGAUUUUCAUUGUAGGGGGAAAAGACAUCAUUUUGCCCAGUCUCAUCCUCUUUGUCUCUUAUGGUUUUAUUCUUUGCAAUAUCUUCAAAAUCAGGUCCACGGAGGGCAGGUCCAAAGCCUUCAGCACCUGCAGCGCCCACAUGGUUGCUGUGUCUCUGUUCUUUGGGUCAUGUACGUUUAUGUAUCUUAAGCCCUCCUCAGCGGGGACUAUGGAUGAAGGGAAAAUCGCUUCUGUGAUCUAUACCAUCGUGGUACCCAUGCUGAACCCCUUAAUCUAUAGCUUGAGAAACAAAGAUGUUAAAGUGGCUCUGAUAAAAACCAUAAGCAGAAGGAAGUUUUGA